AUGGAAGUGGCCUCCAGACAAACUGCCCGGCUCCUCCGGUCCCCCGCGCUCCGCACACACCCCCGUAUCCCCUCCGCCAUCCCAACAACACAAACAAUCCUUCUCCGACGAAGAAACAUCUCCACCACACCCCGACGCUAUGCCCCCGAAUCCUCGCUCCUCAGUCUCGCCUCGAACUCAUCGCCGUCCGGAUCACCACCUACAUACUUCAGCAAUCGGCAGACUCUGCCUCUGAACACGGUCGUGCGGUUCGUGCCGCAGCAGACGGCAUGGAUUGUCGAGCGCAUGGGCAAGUUCCACCGGAUUCUGGAUCCUGGGUUGGCAAUACUUGUCCCUUUCUUGGAUCGCAUUGCGUAUGUGAAAAGUCUGAAAGAAUCGGCGAUUGAGAUCCCGAGCCAGAAUGCCAUUACGGCGGAUAAUGUUACGUUGGAGCUUGAUGGGGUGUUGUACACGAGGGUUUUUGAUGCUUAUAAGGCGAGUUACGGAGUGGAGGACGCGGAAUAUGCUAUUUCCCAACUCGCGCAGACGACUAUGCGAUCGGAGAUCGGUCAGCUUACUUUGGAUCAUGUUCUGAAGGAGCGUGCGACGCUCAACACCAACAUUACACAGGCCAUCAAUGAGGCUGCGCAAGCGUGGGGUGUUACCUGCCUGCGGUAUGAGAUUAGGGACAUCCACGCUCCGGACGGCGUUGUCGAGGCCAUGCACCGCCAGGUGACUGCCGAGCGGUCAAAGCGAGCGGAGAUUCUCGACUCGGAGGGUCAGCGACAGAGUGCGAUUAACAUUGCCGAAGGUCGGAAGCAGUCCGUCAUUCUGGCCUCCGAAGCCGACCGGAUCGAGCGGAUCAACCGUGCCAAUGGUGAGGCUGAUGCGAUUCGGGCAAAGGCUACGGCCACCGCGAAGGCCAUUGAGACCGUGGCUGAGGCUAUCGAGGCUGGCCAAUCGAACGCACACGGAGCUAUGAGCCUUAACAUUGCUGAGAAGUAUGUCGAGGCGUUCGGCAAGCUUGCUCACGAGGGCACGGCUGUCGUUGUUCCUGGGAAUAUGGGUGACCUUGGUGGGAUGAUUGCGAACGCUAUGGCUGUCUACGGCAAAGUAAGCGGUAGCCAGGCACGAGGCAUUGCGGCCAAGGCUCUUGGUGUGCAAGAUUCUUCGCAGGCCGGUGAACCCACUACGGAGGGCAAAUCCGAGGCCAAGGGAGACGUUGCUCAGGAAGUCCUCGAGGGAUUCGAGCAGACGCGUCAACAUAACAACUAA